UGCUUGGCUAGCUGACUUGGAUCAUCUCCUAGAUUUUAGGAGAAAUAACUCUUGCCAAGACUGGAUUUGCUAAACCUUUAGUCUUUGCUGGCAGGAAAGAAAAUUUUGGGAGCACAAAAUGGAAAUGGAAGACCUGGGAUCAGAAAUUAUUACUUUCAUAGAGUGCCUCAUGAAAAUGAAUGAACAUUUGGGGAACACUGCUAUGCUUCUAAAGAAAGAAGAAAAGGAGAUGUGUAAUUUAUGCAGCAUGCAUGAUGAACAUACCCCACAACAGACAAUGGGCACCAUUCAAGACUCCAAAGCAACAAGCAUUGCUGCAAGAGGGAAACUAACUGUCAUAGAAACAGCUACUGUUUCCUGCACAAAUGGAGAGAAAAAUCAUUACGCAAACCAGGUCCAGUUAAAAAACAAUAAAACACAUAUAAAUUCUGUGUUGGUAGAAAAUGAAAACAACGCAUCAUUAGCCAGAAAUGUAACUGGGCAAGAAGAGUCACAGAACACAAUGUUCCCAGAUAAUGCAGAAAAUGGAGAUGAUAAACAAAUAGAACACAUGACUGCUGAGCACAUAAACAGCAACAAGGAACAGAUUCAUGACAUAAUCCAGACAACAGAAAGAGACAUUAAAGAAACCCCAGAGAACCUAAGAGACGAGAUGACCACAUCCUCAACAGCAUGUGAUAUCCCCGAUGAAUAUGUGAAUGAUCUCAAUGACUCAAAAAAUCAAAAACAACAAGAUAACAUUGUGGAGCAGGAGUAUCUCGAUGUGCCGAGUGAUGGCGCAGACCCCCAAGUGUCUUGUUACAUUACAGCACCGUCGUACAUUCUGCGGCAACUAGAAUGCAGGAUAAGUAACAGCCUGAGUUCUUUAAUUGUGACCGACAAUGAAGAAUUGGUCAGCAAUGUAGUCUCUGUUGAAUGCUCAGAUAAGGAGAAGAGGAUCCCGUUUCCAAUCUGCAUCGCCAUUCCCUUCACUGUCUGUUCCCGGGGAAAUUACAGAGAUAUCAUGGUGAAAGUGUCUGACACGAACCUUCAAUCAAGUUACCUGUCCCCGACUUCCCUGGAAGGAAUGAAAAGCUAUAAGGGAACUUGCGCAGCAGUGAAAGCUUACAAACUGGGUAUGUUUUCUGUUGUGUCUUGUUUAAAGAAAGAGUCCUUCAUAGUAACAAAGAAAGGCCUCACACUGAAGUCCGGCGUGGAUUCCCGAAUAGCCUUCUGUUACCCUCCAGGAGCUUUCAGCUCACCAGUGCUCGUACAGUUAAAGAUCCAGCCAGUUGAUCCCUCUCUGGUGACAUAUUUAAAAACACAGCAAGAUGCUGCCUACCCAGUACUGUCCACAAGCCCUCUGAUUCAUGUUCAACAUCCAUCAACUCACCCUUUUCAGAAGCCAGUCACAAUAGUCCUACCUUGUCCUCCGCAAUCUGAUAGAAAGACCCUCGGGUCUGACAUAGAGCAUCAAAGAACAGGUAAUGCCACACCAAACAGGAACGCACCUCUAUGUUUCAGCCGGGCCAAAAGUGCUUCCCUAAGAAAACCUGGGAACAGCAAUUGUGAAAAUCUGAAAUUACUGGGAUUCAGAAGCCAUGAUAGUGGUUGGCUUGGACUUGAUAAUGUUGUGGUGCGAAUCGUCCAGAGUGGCUCGAUAUCAUUUGAGCUGCACGAACAUGUGGAGAGGUUUAUUGUGCUUCACCUCUCUUCCAUGGUGGAUAACAGCCACUUGGUUUCUUUUGCAAAGUCCUUAGAGGAAGCCUUGCUCAACACCACGGCCUGCAUAGUACUCUCCCAGCAGAAGGACAAUCCACAUAGAGUGGUUAUUUUAGUGGUGCCUUUUAAAAAUUUAAACCAGACACUUAAGAACUUGCACUUGGAAGGGUUCAGAGGACUUCCAGAAUCACCUCGCCAUUUCCAAGUGAGAGAAGGAGAACAACUGCUUUUAAGGUUCACUGGAAAUAUAUUUGGUUCAAGCAAUGGGAAGGAUUAUGAAAAAGACCACAGGCUUAUUUUCCAUUUACAAAGAAAAUCCAGGCUGGAACUUCAGAUCAAAGAAGUGGAUGAAUUUGGAAACUAUAGCUGUCCUCAUUACAAGGGGACAAUUGUAGUUUAUAAAGUACCCAAAGAAAAGAUAAUCUCUAACUUGGAUCAAUCUUUUGUAUUUAGUGAAAGCCAUUAUAUGUUGCCAAUUUGCAAAUUACCAUUGCGAUUGCCAAAGCAUAAAAAAUUGAUCAACCGUCCACAGAGCACCAAAAGAAUCUCUACAGAUCCUGUAGAAGCCCUGUGGGAUAACCUGCUGCACUGGCUGGCAGAAGAGCUCUCUGAAGAAGGCACUGAGGCCCUCACCUCCUCCCUCCCUCUGCGCCGCAGCACCGUGCAGCUCAUCAAGCUCAAGCACCCUGACGACCCCACAGAACAGAUCCAUGAACUUCUUUGCUUCUGGAAAAAAUCACUUCCAACCUCCACCGACAAACUUCGCCUCCUCGUUCGUCAUCUCCGCAAGAUGGGCAGGAGUGACCUUGCAGAGAAGCUCAAGUUCAAGUGGGAAAAUAAAGUGUUCACCGAACCCCAGCAGUGGUUUGAUAUGGAAGGGGAGUAAAGCUAGGUGGCUCUUCCCUUUUGCCCUAAGAAAAUGUUCAUGGGUUAUACAGGUUGCCUCUGUCAACUUGUAUCAAGCAGUUUCUUAGUAACACUGAUUGAAGUGAGUCUAUUUGAUUGCUAUUUGAAACAAAGGAGAGGCAGUAAUCAGACAAAAAAAGUGGGUGACUACCCCCUCCCUGUUGAGUGACACGAGCUCUGUAAAAGCACGACUGCCUUGGUCUUAGCCGCACACCACAGCAUUUGCAAUAUAGUUUUCCCCAUUUCUGUUCUAAUAGUCAAGUCUGCUUUCUAAGUGCAAAGUAAAAAUAUGACACACAGAAUCAAGUUUUGUCAUUGACAUAAAACUAAAGUAAGUAUCCUUACUCCAAAAAUCCAGUUCAAGUUACAUAGGCCCCAAGGGGCCUACUGAUAACAAUACCCAACAAGUGGGCCUGGGUUUGGUGACACCAACUGACUUGAAAGAAAGAGAAAGGCUCAAAAUAGAUUAAAAGAGAAGAAUA